GAUCUUUGGAGGUUGCUACUUCAACCCUCGUGGUGGCAAGCCCGGCAUCUUCGGACGGGAGGUGGACAUUGAUUAUUCGGAGUUCCCUGCAUCAUGGUUUCGGCGGGUGCCAGAAAACUUCUACAUCAGCCGGCGGUACUGCGCGGCAACGAACAAGUAUGGAGUGAAAUCUGGUCAGGAUCAGGCAGCAUGGGAGUCGAAAGGUUGGAUCCAUCAGCAAGAUCCGCGCGGCUGGUUCCAAUGGUAUUGCCGUUUCUACCAGGGCCGACGCAGCUCUGACGACCAACGCCAGGUACAACGCUGGAAAGCCUGCGCAGGCUUCACAGGACGUUGGCGGAACCAGUUAUGUUCCCGCAUAAAUGGCUCUGGGCGGGCUUUCAACGACCCAUCCGUUGCUCCUGUCAUACGGCAGACGCUGUUGCAUUGGGCCUAC